CACGUUAACAAACAUAUUGUUAACGAUUAACAAGAUUACAAUUGAAACACAAUGCAACACAGUCAGUACCAAACACGACUGAACUGUCGACGUAGCAAUUUGCUUACGCAAGCAUUCCCUUCAGACGAUACGAAGGAAGGCAUUUCCCAGAGCAGGCAAUAUUACGUUACGCCGCAGCGUUUUUGGAAUGAAAUUAGGAAUGUGAUACAGAUUUCAGUUGGUAAAUAUGGAGACCGUACAUUGGAACCCAUGUGUAUAUCCGCGGGUUCAAUCUAUAUGUGGGUGCUAAAAUCCAUGGGUUAGGGUUAGUAUGGGUUCAAAUAUCCGUGAAACAAAAAAAAAUUCCAUAGGUGCAAUAGUAUGCAGGUGCAAUUGUCGUGGGUUCAAAUGUAAUGGAACCGAUAAAUAUAACUGCCAAACAUAGGACGUUUGUCAAUCCUACCUUCAAAACUCGUGACUGGGAUUGUCAGAACAGUCAAAAAUUUGCAUAUCCCUUCUUCGUCAUACCUAUCACAUGCAUAGGUGACGAAAGAUUAAAUUUUGAUGAUAUGACUGAGUUCAAAAUAACAUAUUUUUGUUUUAUCAGUUGUUUUCACAUGCAGGAGCGAGAGUACUAGUUAGCUCAAACAAAGAGAAGGAUAAUAUCAUGGAUAGGAAAUCUUCGGAAAUGGUUGAAUUGAAGCCUGGCAGGCGUCCAACCCUAGAACAGGUCCAGUAUCUAAAGGUACGCCGUGCAAGUCAAUACGAAGGGAAAACUGCUCAUUUUGCACUAUGUGUCUUCAACUUGAUGAAUGCAAUUUUGGGAAGCGGCAUUCUCGGACUUGCAAAUGCGAUGACAAAUUUAGGAUACAUUCUUUUCACGGUUUUGCUAGUUCUUGUAGCUUUACUGGCAUUCAACAGUAUUCGACUGUUGUUGGACAUGUGUGAUUUGACGGGCAUCACAUCUUACGAGGCAAUUGGAAGGCAAGCAUUUGGUGAAGGUGGAAAAAUUGUCACAGUAUUGAGUAUUCUGACUCAUACAUUAGGAGCAAUGUGCAGCUUCCUCUUUAUUGUUAAAUACGAAUUACCAGAGGUACUAAGAACCCUGACUGGAGCCGAAGAAUGCUCAAGUGCCUGGUAUUUGAACGGUGAUUAUAUUGUCAUCCUCGUAACGUUAGUGAUUAUCAUGCCACUUUCUGCUGCAAAAAAUAUUGGAUUCCUUGGAUAUACAAGCGGAUUUGCCAUGGCUUGUAUGAUAUUCUUUACCGUCGUGAUUGUGAUAGAAAAGUUCAUCAUACCUUGUCCGAUAUAUGGGAUGAAUUCAACAGUGCAUCACGAAGAAUAUCAUUUAAUUCAAAUCCCGGAGCAUAUUGAUAAUUAUACCAAUACAGUUGCAAUGGCGAUUGCAUCGACUAAUAAUAAUCCUACAGUCGAACCCGCUGGCGUUCAUAACGAAUCUACAGAGUGUGUUCACAAGAGUGCCCUAACUCAGGAAUUGGAAGAAGCGUUGGAACAACAACAAUGUGAACCAGAACCAUUUGUAAUCAGUUUGAAGAGUGCAUACGCAGUUCCAACAAUGGUUUUUGCUUUCCAAUGUCACGCAUCAGUUCUUCCUAUAUAUCUUGAAUUGACCAAUCCAACAAAGACAAGAAUGCAACUCGUAUCAAUCGUAUCAAUUACUAACAUAUUUCUUCUUUAUUUUAUUGCUUCAUUGUUUGGCUACCUCACAUUCUUCACUGCUGUUGGACCCGAAUUGCUGCUAAUGUACAGUUAUUACGACCCGGACAACAUCGUUAUACUUCUUGCUAGAAUUAUGGUUCUGAUUUGUGUCAUAUUUUCGACUCCAUUGCUACACUUUCCGUCUCGGCGAUCAAUCGAAAAUUUAUUCUUCUCAAAAUACGAGUUCUCAUGGAUUCGCCACCUCGGCAUUAUGGUUGUUCUGCUAUCACUAACCGAUAUUCUCGUUAUUUACGUCCCAACUAUACGUGAGGUUUUCGGAUUUAUCGGCGCAACUUCUGCAUCUAUGCUUGUUAUCAUUCUGCCAUCUUUAUUCUACAUAAAGCUGGGGUUGGAUCCGACUUGUUCAUUCAAGAAAAUUUCGUGCAUUUGCCUCGUGGUAUUUGGAAUCCUUUUCACUAUCAUGAGCCUAACAUUGAUCAUAUUUGGGUGGCUGCAGUGAUCAGUUAAGACACAUCUUGGAUUUAUGUAAACAAUUGAACAUAAAGAAACAUAAACUGGUGGCAUUUCGCGAUACGUAUCUCCUGACCUGAACAUUUAUACAGUUGUGUGGGAGAAUAGUGAUGCUCAUUAAGUAUUACAAUUUACAAGUGCAUUUUGGUUGAUGAUCAGUAUGCCGUCAAAAAAAGGAACAAUCCACAUGUUAUAACAUAUUUUUCAUGUGUACUUGAUUUCUAAUUAGCUGCACCAUUAUUGAUAACAUAUUUUGAAAUGUCAAACAUCACGGGUUGUUA